AUGCCAGUCAAGGAAUCCAGAGUGUCAAAGACAAAGUUUGUUGCAGGAACAACAUUCUCAUCGAGCUUGAUAACGUUGAUGAGGCGUUCGAGUUUGACAAAAGGUUGGGAGAUUUGA